CGCUUAUUUGUUCGAGUUUGUAAUUUUACAUCCACAUACCUAUUUUAAAUUUACUCUAGUGUUAAGCAACGAUUUAAUGAAAACUUUUAAUAUUUUAAUUUUCUUUGUUGUUUUACUUUUAUUCUGUGCAAUUUCUGAAUCAGCUAAACGUAAAAAAUCCAAAAAUGAAGAAGACAGGAAUAAAGGAGCUAUACAAGUAUUGGCUAAAGUAGAAGAAUUGGAGGAUAAGAAGGCUGAUAAAAAAGCUGAAGAGCCUAAGAAAGAAGAAAAAAUGAGGGAAGUUGAAGAAAAUAAAGAAAAAAGGAAUAAAAGACACCAUAAACACAGAAAUCACCAAAUAAUUCGAAAUAAGAGAAGUGUUGUACCUUCAAUGACAGCUGCAAUGUCAGCGGCUAUUUUGACUAACAGUCUAAGACAACACCAACAACAACAACAAGAAAUGCGAAGACAACAACAAAUAAUUAGAAAUAAAAGAAGGAUAAGUGUUGUAAGUGUUGUACCUUCCAUCGCAGCGGCUGGAGCGGUUAGUGCGAUGUCAGCGGCUUUGGCUGGCAGUAUGAGACAUCAACAGCAACAACAACAGGAAAUGUGGAGACAACAACAAAGAGGACAUAAUUAA